UCGUAGGAGAAGCCAAGGGGGAAGUUGGCGAGCAGCUCAGUUUCUUCGAAUGGUAGGGUAGGGUAGGGCAGGGAUGGUUCGGCCGCCGGCCCGCUCGGAUCUUCGUAGCGGAAGAAAGGAAAAGGGGCUCCAGCGGUUGGUCCUGGCGCCGGGGAGCAGUAGAUGAAAAGGACUCAGGGGCAAGAAUAAGAGCAGAGCUGAGUUGGGUUCCAGUGUGAUGUGUGGCCUGCACAGCUGUGGCACUCUUCUCCCGUGGAAGAAAGGCAGUUGAGACUUGCUGGUGGACAUGGCAGGCUGGUUCAAGACAUUGCUGCAGAAACCCAAGAAGAGGCCGGAUGCCUCAAAUGGUAUUCCUGGGUGUUCUCCUUCCUCGCCUUCACCUCCCGUGCAGAAAAGUCCUAGUUCGCUUCCUCGGAGCUUGACCAGCAGCCCCAAACUGGUUUCCUCUAUCGCCCGGAUUGUGAGCAAUUCUGACAGUGCCCGAUGGAGCAAGUUAUACGAUGUCUGCAUUUGUCACAGCGAGGGCGACCUUGAGUUUGUGGAAGAGCUGGUGGCCUACUUGGAGAAGCAGCCCGAACGUUUCCGUUGCUUUCUUCAGCUGCGGGACUCUGUUCCAGGUGGGGCUGUGGUGACAGAGCUGUGCAACGCCGUCCAGAACAGCCAUUGUUGGGUGCUGUUGAUCACACCCAACUUCCUAAAGGAUCCUUGGUGUUGCUAUCAGAUGCACCACGCCUUGACCGAGGCGCCCAUGGCGAAUGGGCGUACCAUCCCUGUGCUGAAGGAUAUAGACCGCAAGGAUUACCCCAGGGAACUCCGAUGCAUUUACUACAUCAGCGUGGUGCUCCAGGAGAGCAGUUUCCGACAAAUCAAAGAGACGAUCCUGCGUUAUCUCCUGGACUUUUGUCAAAACACAAUAAGCAAAGACUAACUGCACUUUUGGAUGGAAAAAAAAAAGAUUAUUGGUUACAGGAAAUGUAAGGUCAAAGGAAGGUCUUUCGGUACACGGGACUUGGAGAAGAACCCUUUAUGGCAAAGAUGUCCUCUUUCAGCGAGGUUGACUCGAUCUGCCACUAGGAAGGCAGAUUCCAUCUGAUGCUGAGAUUUAAAUCUCUGUGUUUGACUGAUUAGCUUUAUUUUGGAGAUGUGUGAUGCUUUAAUCCUGUUUGGGUGGAGAUAGAAAAGAGCACUGUAGGGAUUCCAGGAACGCAACUAUUAUGGAAGACAGUUAAAAUCCUUCUAAAAAUGCCCCCUUUUAAGGACACAACAAGAUUAAGGUCAAGGUGGGACUCUUUUGAGUUUCAUAUCUUUUUUUACUUUUCCCGGAACUGAGGAACCUUUUCGCAGAGCUAAAUUCCAUCAUUAUACUAACGAUUCUGAUGAGAUAUGGCCCAACACUAAUUUGUAACAAGAAGAUACAAGUGGUUGUGUUCAGAGGUGGUAUUCAGCUGGUUCGGACCGGUUCUGGUAUAUCGGUAAUGAAAAUUUUGGCCAGUUGGGAGAAUGGGCAAAUAUCACCUCUGGCUGGCCUUGCUCCGGCUCUUUCCCAUCCUUUAUUCCAUGGAUCAGCUGAUUCGCAUGGCAGAGUGGAUUGCCAUGCCUCAGCUGAGCUAAAAAAACAGCUCAGGCUAUUUUUGAGUGCUACGCACGCGCAUAAAAUGUUCUUUGAGUGCUGAGCGCACGCGAAGUGAUCGUUGAAGUCCGCAGAACCACUAGCGCUCAAUUUGGAAUCCCAACAUUGGUUGUGUUCAUAGGUCAGCCAGUCAUGUCCUUCUCUGUAAAGUCCCCUUUUCUUUCCUUCCCAUCUAGUUUGGUGUUUCUCUGCAGUCCUAACAGUUGGUCAAUACGCUGCGGCUUUGUUCUUUUAGUCACAUUCAUCUGGUUUCCAGCUUUCUCCACCUGUAGAGUCUCCCUACCCUUUGUUGUCGUUGUUGUUUUGUAUUGGGUUCCUCCAAACCUCCUGCUAGCUUCUUGUUAGUCCUCAACUUACAAUCCUUUGUUUACCAAUGUUCAAAAUUACAACUGCACUGAAAAAGGCGACUUAUGAUUCAGUCCUUGCAUUUAUGACCAUUGUAGCAUCCUCAUGGUCAUGCUUACGAUGAUGAUUAUGGUCACAUAAGCAAAAUUCAGUCGCUUGGCAACCGGCGUGUAUUGAGAAGGAUUGUAGCAUUCCAAGAUCAUCUGAUCGCUGUUUGUGACCUUCCCAGCAGGCUUCCAACAAGCAAAGUCAGUUGGGGAUGGGGAGCUGGAUUCGCUUAAUGACUGCAUGGUUCAAUUAACAGCUGAUUUGCUUAACCCUGGCAAAAAAAUGUCAUAAAAUUGGCCAUGACUCGCUUAAUAACCACCCUGCUUAGCAAUGGAAAUAUUCUAGUCCAAAUUGUGGUUGUAUAAAGUUCUUCCUGAACUCCAGGCACAGUGAAUUCUAGACCUUUGAUCAUCAUUCUUUUGGAUGGCUGAAAGCUACAAAGGUUUCUGCAACAUCAGGGAGUUAUACAUGUCCGAAUUAUAUCCAAAUACAGGUAAUCCUCAACUUAUAAACAGUUCAAAGUUACAUCACUGAAAAAAGUUACUUAUGACCAUUUUCACACUUAUGACCAUUGCAGCAUCUCCAUGGUCACAUGAUCAAAGUACUGACAGUUGGCAAGUGGUUUGUGUUUAUGAUGGUUGCAGCAUCCCAGGAUCCUGGGAUCACCUUUUGCGACCUUCUGACAAGCAAAGUCAAUGGGGAAACCAGAUUCACUUAACAACCAUGUUACUGACUUAACAACUGUGGCAAGAUAGGUUGCAAAAUGGGGCAAAGCUCAUUUAACAAAGGUCUUGCUUAGCAACAUAUAUUUUGAGCUCAAUUGUAGUCGUAAGUUGGGAACUUCCAAUAUUAUAGCUUUAAUAAAAUGGCAGUAUUAACCAUGUUUAAAAAAACAAAAACAGCAUAACCUUGAGUUUGUAGCCAUGAUUGGCUUUUACCUUUCUUGGCAGUACACAAUUAUUAAUUUAAGAGAAUUCAGAUCCCGCCAUUUACACCCCAGUGAGCUGCCUGUCGGGUGACAAGGCUGCUGUGAAAUUUUGUAUGAUUUCCAUACAUUUGUAUGAUUUACAGAAAAUGUAUGUGGCUAAAUUUGCAUAUUGUGCUAAACUGAAAUACUUGUUACAUUUUGGUUUAAAGGUGUGAAUCCAGCUUUUUUCGGUUCUCUUCAAAGCCUGCUAACUUGGUAGCUUAUUCAGUAACCUGAUUUAAAAAUUCAGCCUGUGUUUAUAUGAUGGGAGUUUAAUUUAGUCCUGUGUUAUCCAGGGUUAGUAUUACCUUGACCUGUCACUGAAAAUACAAUGUUGUUAGUCAAUGAUCCUUCUAAGGAAUGGAUUGUGUAUAAUUUGAGAUAAAAGGAAUAUCUGAGGUGUCAUUCUACAUUGUGGGUGCAUUUUCCAUGAUAUAAAUCUGAAUGCUGAAUUGCAUUUGGAACGUUAGUUGGGUUUACCUGCAGUAUUUGGAAUAUUUAGUUGUCUUAUAAUGGUCCAUGCAAUUUGGAAUAAAUUCUGUUUUUGUAUCAGAAGACAAAUGGCCAGUAGAAAGCAUAUGAUUACAAGAUGAAAAAUGUCUUUUGCUGCUUCAAUAAACUUUGGAACUCCCUGCACAGGGAUGCUGGAUUCA